AUGGUCGGCGUGCAGCAACAGCCGUCGUCUCCACAGCGGGUGCAGGCUCCAGCGGCUCCUCCGCCGGCCCGACCAGCUGCGCCAUUCGCCAUCGUUGACGAUGCCCCCGUGCCCUUGGCACCGCCGCCGCCGAUGUCGCAGCGUAGCCAGCAACGCCCGCACGUUCCACUUUACGGGCAGCUUCCCGCGGACGUCGAUGAACCUAUGCCCCUGGCGCCAUCGCUGCCAGCUUCCCCGCCUCUUCCGCGACACAGCUCCGCUCGUCUGGCCCGCCACGCCGCGCCCUACUCUGCGGGGGCGAGUUUUCACCGCCUCCUCUACGAGGCCGCCAAGGCCGAGCAGGACGACGUCGUCCUCCUCUCCCCCCCACCCUCCCCCCGGGAAGGGUGGUGUGUACUGUCUGCCAUCGGGUUCCUCUAG